AUGGACUGCGACAAUCAUGACAAGGCGUCCUCGCCAAAGAAGCAGAAGAUCUGCCAGAGCAGAAUGCCCAAGGCACAGAGAAAAACCUGCCGCCACUACCUCGGCGCCCGCUGUAAUUACGGAAGAGACGCCUGCAAUUUCCCCCACAGAGAAGACGAGUUGCCCGUCUACUUGGUGGAAGCAGCACGGCAGCUGGAGGAAGAGUUACAGGCGAGAGCAAGACUUACUCCUGUCUUCUACAACAACAACAACAACAACAACGGCAACAUCACUUACCAUCACGGCAAUUACGUUAGCCACGGUGAUUACGCUAACAGCAGCAGCGGCGGCGCAUGCAACCAGGCGCCGUCUCGCUACAUGGGAUAUUACACCCAACCCCCCCUGCCCAACAUCGCGCGCAGGCCAAACCUCGAGGGCCCUAACCAGCAGGCCAUUGCGUAUCACACCGCACAAAUCGCCAAUCCCAUGCCCAACACCCUGGGACCAGUAAACUUCGACGGUACUCGCGGGCAGCGCAGCUCCUACUACUCGCCGCCGCCGGCCCUCGUACCCGCGCAACCCGUACCCCCGCCGGCCUACGCUCCCCCAGGACCCUACAGUCCGCAACACAUCGUCCACAGACAAGGCUACGCCGGACCCUUCCCGCCCGGCCCGCCACCCUACUAUCCCGCGGGCGCGAACUGGGGUCCACCUCAGUUCCAUCAUCAUCAUCAUCAUCAUCAUCAUCCCCCCGGCCCACCGACGGGCUUCGUCCCUUACUGGGAUCCCGCUCCCGCUCCCGCUCCCCCUCCGGAUUUCGAGCCCGGACAGGGAUAUGGCCUCCCUCUCCCUCCCCUUCCCGCCAAACCAGAGCAUUGGCCCGCGGAUGCCGCUGCCGCCGCCUCACCUGAGCCUGAACCUGAACAAGCACCCGUCCCCAACACCGCUCCCGCCUCAGUCACAGACUCGAAAGAGGACCACAGUACCACGCGUUGCUGGCACGGCCGCAACUGCAAGAAGCCGGGAUGUCAUUACCUACACGACGGGGACGUCACCGCCAGCUCCAAUGGUAACGGGAACGACAAUGGCAACGGCGAGGGCAGCAGCAGCAGCAGCAGCAGCAGCAGCGGCGGCUGCGCCACCAACGCUCUGGAUAAUUACAUCCAAGACGCCAUCGACAACGGCCCCGAGAAUGGCGGUAUCGAUCUCGGCGACGGAAACGACGACAGCGCCAGCUGGGCGGGCGAUAUUAAUAGACCGCCCAGCCCGAGCCCGACUGACCAGUCCUCCGAAGCAGCCACCCCUCAUUCGUCGCCUAGGCAGUUACCGGCUUCCGUGGCUGGCGACGUCACCCCUCCUUCCCUUGAGCAUAACUCUGAGGAGCACUCUGAGGAAGAGGCGGACGCAGUGCUGUCCACCAUUGAAGAGGAGACUCCAAAGGCGCACCCUGAGGAGGAGGAACACUCCGAAGAUGAGGAGGAAGAGCUCUCUACCGUGGAGCAGCAAACUCCAGAGACGCCCUCUGAGGAGGUAGACACUCCGGCCCCUGUGGGGGAGACACACGAAGAAGAGACUCCUGCUCAGCCCCCCGCCAGACGUGGGCCCUUGGUCGUUGAUGGACGAAGCGGCUGGGGCUUGAGGAAGGUUAAGGGCAAGCAGAGAGCUGUCUGA